AUGACGAUGAAGUUCUUCGUCGCUGCGCUGAAGGGCGACACGGCGACGCUGCGGUCGUACAUCUUGGAGCAUGGGAUGGACGUGAACAUGCGGGCGAGGGAGCUGGUGGAGUACGACACAGUCAUGUGGGAAGGGAUCAACAGAACGGCUCUGCACUUCGCCUGCCUGGCAGAGGACGACGAGGAUAACUUGGAGACGGUCAUGAUGUUGCUGGAGCUCGGGGCGGACCUCAAUGCGCAGACAGACAACGGAGACACUCCGUUGCACUAUGCUGGGGUGCGAGGUCUGGAUCAGAUCGCGACAAAGCUGAUCUUGGCCGGAGCGAACCCUUGCGUGAAGAACUACGAGGGACCCAUCAGUGACAGCCCGGACAACGUUGUUAGGGCCUACGAAGAGACGAGGUUUGACUUUGUGAGGGCACCCCAGCUGGACUUGCUGCUGUAUUACGCCAAGUACAAGAGCGAGGAGGAGGAGAAGUGGUCCCCAGCCAAGACUCCCUACGAGUUUGCGCUCUGCUUCCAUGAGUUCUCGACCACCGAGACCCUGCUGGGUGCGGAGCUGAGAAUUUUGUUGUUGAGGGUUGCGGAGGAGAUCUACAAAGAACAUGGAAAAGUGACCCGGGAGAUGUUCUUCGAGAAGCUGAAGAAAGCGGAGGAAGAGUGCGAGGAAGAGCAGGUUCAAUUCGACGCACGGCAUGGAUUCAAUGAGAGCACAUCGUUUGUAAUGCCGGAACAUUCAGGGUACCGAGUGAUGGAGGACUUCGACCAGGAUGUCUGGAAGAAGAUGUGCAAAGACGUCAACUUCGACGAGCAAGCUUUCUUGCAGCAGGAGCUGAAACACAUGAGAUUCUGGGAGAAGAUGAAAGAGGUGAACUUGACGUUCAACUUCACCGCAUACCAAACGCCUCCGAAUGUGAACGCGCUGCAAGACGACUAUGGCGACGACAUCCCGAUAGCGGCAAGAACGUGGGCCAAGUACAGCAGGUAA